UCGAACAAGUUCGUGGCCCCCAAAAAUACUCCAAGGGUUCUCGGCACGAGAGAGGCCCCUUCGCUUCAGUUUUGUUAUCUCGUUGCAAAAUGGCCUCGUUGUGCGGGCGAACAAUUUUCCAAGUAUCACGUCGUACAUUCUCGAGGGCGGCUGUUCUCAGACAGAAAGGGUUUCCUGAUCCCCUGGAACUUGCCACUGGGCUGGAGAAACAGGAACUCCUGGCCCGUCAGGCUGGAAACGAUGAUCCCUUCAUGAUGAAACCACUGAGACGUGGUAUAGGCACCAAGGAUCAACCAAAUUUAGUUCCCAGUGCAUUCGAGAGUCGAAUGAUUGGAUGUGUCUGCGAGGAGGACUCAACCCACGUUACGUGGAUGUGGCUGCACGAGGGGCAGCCCAGACGCUGCGAAUGCGGUCACUGGUUUAAAAUUGAGAGAAAACAACCAAUUAUUAUCCCAGAGGAGUAUAUGGAUUAACCAUUCAGUCUUGAUUAAAAACACCACAACCAAGUUAAUUAAUACGCUGAGAUAAAAGUGAAACAGCAAUUAAACUCAACAUGAAAAAUUUAUCGAUGAAAAUUUGCAUAAGUUAGUCGAUUGUUUGCAGUUACCCUAGAAAUAAUCUUACAUUAUACAUUAAUGUUGGAGACUGGAAUUUAUUUGCCACCACUGUCCAAAUCCUCUAAACACUUUCCUUCUCUUUAGCUGAGCACUGAAAGCAUUGAAAAUUAACAAAUUUAAAUUUCAAGCACAGCAACAAAAAAAUACGGAGAAAAUUCACUUGAUGAACAAAAAGGGAGAGGGGAAGAGGUUAAAUAGGCAACUAGCAAAAACAUCAUGAGUCGGAAUGUUUAAAUGUAAAUAAAUAAACCAACGUUAUGCUUAAAACAUAA